UGUGCUCCAGCUGGCAAGGGAGGGAUGCGGGCACCGCUCGGGCUUUGGGUUUGCUGGGAUUGUGGGCGGUGCGCGCACGGCCCGGGAAAAGCGGGAAAUGGCGGCUCCGAGCGCGAGCUCCCGGCCCGCCCUUCACACCAAGGGGCUAAUGAUGGCUGACAGGGGGCGCAGGGUGCCAGGAGUGUGUGGCAUGCAUCCCGACCACCAGGAGGCUCUGAAGAAGAACCGCGUGGUGCUGGCCAAACAGCUGCUGCUCAGCGAGCUCCUCGAGCACCUGCUGGAGAAGGACAUCAUCACCUUGGAAAUGAGGGAGCUCAUUCAGGCCAAAGUGGGCAGUUUCAGCCAGAAUGUGGAGCUCCUCAACUUGCUGCCCAAGAGGGGUCCCCAGGCUUUUGAGGCCUUCUGCGUCGCUCUGAGGGAGACUAAGCAGAGUCACCUGGAGGAUCUGCUGCUCACCACCCUCAGGGGUCUUCAGCACGUGCUCCCUCCAGACUGGAGCCCGAUAAAUUUGAGCUGCGACUACGACCUGACUCCCCGCUUCCCAGUAUGUGAGUCCUGUUCGCCUCACAAGCAGCUCCGCCUGUCCACAGAUACCGUGGAACACUCUCUGGACAACAGAGAUGGUCCCCCCUGCCUUCAGGUGAAGCCUUGCACUCCUGAGUUUUAUCAGACACACUGCCAGCUGGCCUAUCGGUUGCAGUCCCAGCCUCGUGGCCUCGCGCUGGUGCUGAGCAACGUGCACUUCACUGGAGAGAAAGACCUGGAAUUUCGCUCUGGAGGGGACGUGGACCACAGCAUGCUAGUCACCCUCUUCAAGCUCUUGGGCUACUCCGUCCAUGUUCUCCUUGACCAGACUGCACAGGAGAUGCAGGAGAAGCUGCAGGAUUUUGCCCAGCUGCCCGCUCACCGUGCCACCGACUCGUGCAUCGUGGCGCUCCUCUCUCAUGGCGUGGAGGGCGGCGUGUAUGGUGUGGACGGCAAGCUGCUUCAGCUGCAAGAGGUUUUUCGGCUCUUCGACAACGCCCACUGCCCAAGCCUCCAGAACAAGCCCAAGAUGUUCUUCAUCCAGGCCUGCCGUGGGGAUGAAACGGACCGCGGGGUCGACCAGCAAGACGGAAAGCAGCAAGCCAGACACCCUGCGUGCGAGGAGAGCGAUGCUGGCAGAGAGGGGCUGCUGAAGGCGCGGCUGCCCACGCGCUCGGACAUGAUCUGUGGCUACGCCUGCCUCCGAGGGACCGCGGCCAUGCGCAACACCAAGCGGGGCUCCUGGUACAUCGAGGCCCUCGCCCAGGUGUUCUCCCAGCGGGCUGGCGACACGCACGUGGCCGACAUGCUUGUGAAGGUGAACGCGCUCAUCAAGGAGCGGGAGGGCUACGCGCCAGGCACCGAGUUCCACCGCUGCAAGGAGAUGUCCGAGUACUGCAGCACCCUGUGCCGGCAUCUCUACCUCUUCCCAGGACACCCACCCACAUGAGGCCGUCUCCGCCACUGAGGGCGAUUUCUGUCCCCGCCUCAGGGGCUGGGUCCUCCCAGGCUCCCCCGUCUGCGGAACUGCGGCUUCUGGGGAAGUGCAGUGCCGGCCCCGCCGCCUUCGGCUGAGCUCGUGGCGGGCACCGUGGACACGUCUGGGCAGAGGGCAGCCGGCUUCCUUCUUGUCUGUUCCGUUCCCGCCAGGGCUCUGCGCCAUGGUACAGUCUCAGAGGGCGCCUGUUUCUGUCCUCCUGCCCACUGCAGCCCUGGAGUGAGCGUUGGAGAGUGUCCUCGCUUGACAGGGUGCUUGACGGGGCGCUUGACGCCUGACGGGGCGCUUGACGCCUGACGGGGUGCUUGGCAGGGUGCUUGACGGGACGCUUGACCGGGCGCUUUUCAUUGACUUGUGAAGGGCAAUGGGCUGGAGCCACACGGCACGUGUAGGGGCACUGCCGACGGACGCACCCUGUGCCCCGCGUCCCCGCGCAAGGACACCUCUCCGCCCCACGCUUGGCUCCUCUCUGGCCCCGAGACCCCCGCCCCUGGCUGAUGAUCAGGCCUGGGGCCCCGGUCUAACGCAGAUGUGUGCGCAGGGACGUUCCCGAGACCUCGUCAGCUGCUCUUCCUCCAAGCGGCACUGCUGAAAUACGCCCUUGGCGUUGCCCGCAGAGGAGAGGGGACGCUUCCCUGCCCAGCCAGCCUCUGCCUGUGAACGGUCCCCUUCCAGGAAAGCCGCCCACAUGUUGUCUCCCUGCUUGUUUCUCUGUUUGCCUUCAGCACGUUCACAUUUCACAUGUCAUCUACUCCCAGACCUGCUCAAACACGACCUCCCUGGGCCAUUUGGCCGCUCAAGGGAGUAACGUAGCGGCCGCAUUCCCGCCCCGCUCAGGCUGCGGCCCCUCUGGUUGUAUCUGGCUUACGUCUCCUGCUCCCCGUGGCUCUGUUCUAAGGAGCCCAUUGCCGCAGAUCUCGUGUUCAUCCCAGGCGCUUUCUGUAGAGUUCGCAAAGAGCGUGACUGUCAUUCUCACCCCCUCCAUAUAAUUUUGGCUUGGAGGCUUUAAUAUAAAUCUGAUCAUGUCGGUCCCCUGCUUAGAAGCUGUAUGUUUUCUGUCACCUCAGAUAAGCUCUUGAGUUCUGGCCCCGCCUUCCCCUUAGACCUCAUUAGGUACUCACUGCCCUGAGUGCUCACUUCCCCUGCCCUGAAGCCCCUUUGUCACUGCAGCCUUCUCAAGUCACCGCUGCUGGACAGCCACAGCCCCUCCUGCUGAGGGCACAGCGGCGUGGGCGCCAUCUUGUUCACGCCGCUGGAGCGCCGACUUCUGGAGGCCUUCCCAGCCCUCUGCCCGGGCGGCUGCUGCCUUGCUUCUUUGCUGUGUCUGUUUCCUCCCUCGCCCUUAACCACAGUGCUCACUGUCCAUCUGCAUGCUUCGCUUGUUCCCUGUCCUCCCUGCUGGGCUUCAGCCCCAUGGGGACUGAAACCUUGGCUCAUUCACCAGUGGCUGCCCCGUGCCCGGCAUGUGUAGAUCUUCAAGAAGUGUUUGAGAAGGGAAGAAAGAAACCCUAUGCAAAAGCCUCCUUUUUCACAACAUUCCCUUGGCAGCAUCCACAGCGAACAUACUUGUUCUGUUUUUCCGUGUUUCGUCUUAUCCACUGGUAUUAGCUCCUGAAGGCGAGGUCACGUGGGAGACGACUCUCCCAUCUCCCCGGCGCCUGGCACCGUGGCCGGCCUGCAGGAGUUCGGUGCUCAGCGAAUCCUUGCUCUGUGAGCUAGGUGCUUCCGGGACUUGUGGCCAAGCCCGCCCUGGGGUCAGCACCAUAUGGAAGUAUGGGGUGACUGAACUUUCCGCUUCCCACUGCCAGGAUUUUGUAUUCUACCAGGUGCCAAAUAAAUGUUCCUCUU